AAGAGGCACAGAUCACCACCACUUCUCCACUGAUAUGCAGUCUCAGAGAAAGAGCUUCUUUCCAGCAGUGACUCACAUUUGGACAGUAGGCUCGUCUUAAUGGUAAGGGUAUAAGCAGGAGCCUCCAGAUUCUCCAAAAGGUCCACGGAGGCUCACCAGAGCUGUGGCCAGGCUGAUGCCAGGUGCAGAAUGAGCCUUACCUUGGGUCUGAUUUAAACCGCCACUGGGAACAACAGUGAAAGACAAAGGAUGGUGGAGAGAGCCAUGGGCCCUCCUGAUGUGGACAGUUUCCCUUUUCUUCUCUACUUCACUCUCUAGGUAGCACGGUACCAAACUGUAUCUAUUUUCCCCCCCGUUAGUGGUUUUUCAAAAAGCGGUACACAUUCAACAGAUAGUUACUAUAGUUCUUAUUCAUGGCAUCAUCUAGUAUCCCAGAGGAUAUAAAAUGCCUUUCAUCCUUCCCCAAACCUCCUCUCUGCCACUCAGGACCUAUUACAAAACUGUUUUUGUCUAGAAUUAACUAAUUUCCCACACCCAAGGCAGUUGGCAGUUUUAUUCAAUGACCAAACUCUUAGGCAGUCCUCCACAGAUUAGGAGUAAAGGGGAGGGGACGGUUUACUUAGGGAUCUGGGCUCCAGAUGAUUAAGGGACACUGCCCAGUACGUAUGGGGAACGGAGUGCAGCUACCCAGGCUAGUGGGCGGGAUGAGGGUGUUCCCGCCAUGGGUUACUAGUCAGUCGUCAAUAAAGCCAAUACAAAUCUUUAAAAUUUACUCAGUUGAAUUUUGUUUUUUAACGGGGUACAAGGCACUCUUCUAGGAAGUGGGGAGGCUUGGCUCCCGGAUCUAAUCAGACAGGAAUGCGUAAAUAAACAUACUCAUCAGAGCCCAGAGCUAGGCGCCAAAACACUGGGAGAAGGGGAAAGGAGGGGCUGGGCUUCCCAGCCGAAGGAAAAAGUGGACAGAGAAAUGGCAGAGCUGAGAGGAGCGAUCGGCAGAUGGCCCUUCUUCAAACCAAUAAGGAUCUCAUUGCUACAGGAAUAAAGGAGUUUAACAUUCUGCUAAAUCAGCAGGUCUUCUCGGAUCCUGCUGUCCCUGAAGAAGCCAUGGUGACUGUGGUGAACGACUGGGUGAACUUCUACAUCAACUAUUACAGGCAGCAGAUGGUGGGGGAGCAGCAAGAGCAGGACAAGGCUGUGCAGGAACUUCGGCAAGAGCUGGAUACUCUGUCUGCCUCUUUCCUGGACAAAUACAGGAACUUCCUGAAGUCCCUGGGAGCACCCGACCACAGGCUGCCUUCCUCCUAGCCGGGAGACCCAGGCUUGUCUGAGACCCUUAAAUGCUGCCUCUGUGUUCUUCAAGGCCUCAGGCUCUGCUCCUUCAUGGUGUUCCUGCACCCUGACACCUCAAU